AUGAGAAGGACAGAAAGAAGAUUGGAAAUAUUUGGAGAAGUGGGCAAUUCCAACUAUGAACGUUUGCUGAGCUGGCAAAGUGAAUCACGAAUCAGUUCUCCUUGGAGAUUUAAGAAAGUUAAUUGUCAGGCAGUGGUAGAGCGUGAAAAGAUGACCGUUACACCGAAUAUCACUAUCAGCGAUGCGAACCUUGUGGUUCAUGGGAAAACCAUACUCACUGGAGUCCCCGACAACAUUGUGCUGACCCACGGAUCAGGGGUGGGGCUUGUUGCUGGUGCAUUCAUGGGUGCUACAGCUUCAAAUAGCAAAAGCUUGCAUGUCUUCCCUGUUGGUGUCUUGGAGGGUGUCCGCUUCAUGUGUUUAUUUCGUUUCAAGCUUUGGUGGAUGACCCAGAGAAUGGGAACCUGUGGGAAGGACAUCCCAUUUGAGACCCAGUUCAUACUCAUCGAGAGCAAAGACACAACUCAAGGCGAGCGUGAAGAUGCCCCAACCAUCUAUACUGUGUUUCUGCCCCUCCUUGAUGGCCAGUUCCGUGCUGUUUUACAAGGCAAUGAGAAAAAUGAGCUGGAGAUAUGCCUCGACAGUGGAGAUAAUGCUGUUGAAACCAACCAGGGACUUUACCUUGUUUACAUGCAUGCUGGGACAAAUCCUUUUGAAGUCAUCAACCAGGCUGUGAAAGCUAUUGAAAAGCACAUGCAAACUUUUCAUCACCGUGAGAAGAAGAAGUUGCCAUCAUUCCUUGAUUGGUUUGGUUGGUGCACAUGGGAUGCUUUCUACACUGACGUUACUGCUGAGGGUGUUGAAGAAGGCCUUAAGAGCUUAUCUCAAGGAGGUGCACCUCCACGAUUCCUUAUCAUAGAUGAUGGCUGGCAACAGAUUGGUAGUGAGGUCAAGGAAGACCCCAAUUGUGUUGUACAAGAAGGAGCUCAAUUUGCAAACAGGCUAAUAGGGAUAAAAGAAAACAAUAAAUUUCAAAAGAAUGGAAAAAAUAAAGAACAGGAAUCAGGACUCAAACAUGUUGUGGAAGAUGCCAAGCAACAUCAAAAUGUCAAGUAUGUCUAUGUAUGGCAUGCUCUAGCAGGUUACUGGGGUGGAGUGCAACCUGCUGGUCCAGGUAUGGAGCACUAUGACACAGCUCUGGCAUACCCUGUGCAGUCUCCAGGUGUACUCGGCAAUCAACCAGACAUUGUUAUGGACAGUCUUGCUGUUCAUGGCUUGGGUCUCGUACACCCGAAAAAGGUUUUCAAUUUCUACAAUGAGCUUCACGCAUAUCUGGCUUCAUGCGGAGUAGAUGGAGUCAAAGUCGAUGUACAAAACAUCAUCGAAACUCUUGGUGCUGGCCAUGGUGGUAGAGUUUCUCUAACUCGUAGCUACCACCAGGCCCUUGAAGCUUCCAUUGCAAGGAAUUUUCCAGAGAAUGCAUGCAUUGCUUGCAUGUGUCAUAACACUGAUGGGAUAUACAGUGCCAAGCAAACUGCAGUUGUUAGAGCUUCGGAUGAUUAUUACCCUCGUGAUCCUGCUUCUCACACCAUCCACAUUUCAUCCGUGGCUUACAACUCAAUAUUUUUGGGAGAGUUUAUGCAACCUGAUUGGGACAUGUUCCACAGCCUACACCCAACUGCUGAAUAUCAUGCUGCAGCUCGAGCCAUUGGAGGAUGUGCAAUUUAUGUGAGUGACAAGCCGGGUAAUCACAACUUUGAGCUUUUGAAAAAGCUAGUGCUUCCUGAUGGAUCAGUUCUCCGCGCACAAUUGCCUGGUCGACCAACAAUUGACUGUCUAUUUGCUGAUCCAGCAAGAGAUGGAGCAAGCUUACUUAAAAUCUGGAAUACAAACAAAUUUUCUGGAGUGGUUGGCGCCUUCAACUGCCAAGGUGCUGGUUGGUGCAAGGAAGCAAAGAAGACACGUAUUCAUGAUGUCUCUCCUGGAACUCUGACCAGUUCUGUUCAAGCCUCUGAUAUCAACAUCAUAACUGAAAUUGCUGGACCAGAUUGGAAUGGAGAUACCAUAGUCUACGCAUAUAGAUCAGGCGAGAUAGUUCGUUUACCAAAAGGCACAUCACUACCUGUGACGCUUAAAGUUCUUGAAUAUGAACUGUUCCAUAUAUGUCCCAUCAAGUAUAUUACAGCCUACAUUUCCUUUGCACCGAUUGGGUUGCUCGACAUGUUAAACUCAGGUGGUGCUGUGGAGCAAAUCGAAGUCCUGCUGGACUCUGAAAAGAAAGCCGAGCACUUUGAUGGUGAGGUUGCCUCUGAGUACUCUGGUUCUUUAAGCGAAAACCGUUCUCCAACAGCAACAAUUGCUCUCAAGGUCAGAGGAUGUGGGCGUUUUGGGGUAUAUUGUUCGCAGCGUCCACUGAAAUGUAGAGUGAGCAAUACUGAGACUGAGUUCAACUAUGAAGCUACAACUGGUUUGAUGACUUUUGCAAUCCCUGUUCCAGAAGAGGAAAUGUACAAAUGGCUAAUUAAAGUUCAAGUCUAA